AUGGGUUUUGGACCAGUCUUAUCAAGUUUGCUGAUACUUACAGCUUGCUACUACACCAGUGGCUGCACAAUCAUCAGCUACAACUGGUGCAUCCACAACAACUGGUGCAUCAACCACGACUGGAGGUUCAACAACAACUGGUGCAUCAACUACAACUGGAGGUUCAACAACAACUGGUGCAUCAACCACAACUGGAGGUUCAACAACAACUGGUGCAUCAACCACAACUGGAGGUUCAACAACAACUGGUGCAUCAACAACUACCGAAGGUUCAACAACAACUGGUGCAUCAACUACAACUGGAGUUUCAACAACUGGUGCAUCAACAACAACUGGUGCAUCAACCACGACUGGAGGUUCAACAACAACUGGUGCAUCAACUACAACUGGAGGUUCAACAACAACUGGUGCAUCAACAACAACUGGAGGUUCAACAACAACUGGUGCAUCAACUACAACUGGAGGUUCAACAACAACUGGUGCAUCAACCACAACUGGAAGUUCAACAACAACUGGUGGAUCAACAACAACUGGUGGAUCUGCAACAACAGGUGCAUCAACUACAACUGGAGGUUCAACAACAACUGGUGGAUCCACAACAACUGGUGGAUCCACAACAACUGGUGCAUCAACAACAACUGGAGGUUCAACAACUACAGUAGGUUCAACAACAACUGGUGCAUCAACCACAACUGGAGGUUCAACAACAACUGGCGCAUCAACUACAACUGGAGGUUCAACAACAACAGGUGGAUCCACAACAACUGGUGCAUCAACAACAACUGGAGGUUCAACAACAACAACAACUGGUGCAUCAACUACAACUGGAGGUUCAACAACAACUGGUGGAUCAACCACAACUGGAAGUUCAACGACAACUGCUGGAUCAACAACAACAGGGGGUUCAACAACUACUGGAGGUUCAACAACUACAGUAGGUUCAACAACAACUGGUGCAUCAACCACAACUGGUGGUUCAACAACAACUGGUGCAUCAACUACAACUGGAGUUUCAACAACAACUGGUGGAUCCACAACAACUGGUGCAUCAACAACAACUGGAGGUUCAACAACAACUGGUGCAUCAACUACAACUGGAGGUUCAACAACAACAGGUGGAUCAACUACAACUGGAGUUUCAACAACAACUGGUGGAUCCACAACAACUGGUGGAUCAACAACAACUGGAGUUUCAACAACAACUGGUGGAUCCACAACAACUGGUGCAUCAACUACAACUGGAGGUUCAACAACAACUGGUGGAUCAACUACAACUGGAGUUUCAACAACAACUGGUGGAUCCACAACAACUGGUGGAUCAACAACAACUGGAGGGUCAACAACAACUGGUGCAUCCACAACAACUGGUGCAUCAACCACGACUGGAGGUUCAACAACAACUGGUGCAUCAACUACAACUGGAGUUUCAACAACAACUGGUGCAUCAACAACUACCGGAGUUUCAACAACAACUGGUGGAUCCACAACAACUGGUGGAUCAACAACAACUGGAGGGUCAACAACAACUGGUGCAUCCACAACAACUGGUGCAUCAACCACGACUGGUGGAUCAACUACAACUGGAGUUUCAACAACAACUGGUGGAUCAACAACAACUGGAGGAUCCACAACAACUGGUGCAUCAACCACAACUGGUGGAUCCACAACAACUGGAGUUUCAACAACAACUGGUGCAUCAACAACUACCGGAGUUUCAACAACAACUGGUGGAUCCACAACAACUGGUGCAUCAACAACUACUGGAGGGUCAACAACAACUGGUGCAUCCACAACAACUGGUGCAUCAACCACCACUGGAGGUUCAACAACAACUGGUGCAUCAACUACAACUGGAGUUUCAACAACAACUGGUGCAUCAACAACUACCGGAGUUUCAACAACAACUGGUGGAUCCACAACAACUGGUGCAUCAACAACUACUGGAGGGUCAACAACAACUGGUGCAUCCACAACAACUGGUGCAUCAACCACGACUGGUGGAUCAACUACAACUGGAGUUUCAACAACAACUGGUGGAUCAACAACAACUGGAGGAUCCACAACAACUGGUGCAUCAACCACAACUGGUGGAUCCACAACAACUGGUGGAUCAACUACAACUGGAGGAUCAACUACAACUGGAGGUUCAACAACAACUGGUGCAUCCACAACAACUGGUGGCUCAACAACAACUGGGGGGUCCACAACAACUGGAGGUUCAACAACAACUGGUGGAUCAACUACAACUGGUGCAUCAACCACGACUGGUGGAUCAACUACAACUGGAGCUUCAACAACAACUGGUGGAUCCACAACAACUGGUGGAUCAACAACAACUGGAGGAUCAACAACCACUGGUGGAUCAACAACAACUGGAGGAUCCACAACAACUGGUGCAUCAACUACAACUGGUGGAUCCACAACAACUGGUGCAUCAACCACCACUGGAGGUUCAACAACAACUGGUGCAUCAACUACAACUGGAGUUUCAACAACAACUGGUGCAUCAACAACUACCGGAGUUUCAACAACAACUGGUGGAUCCACAACAACUGGUGCAUCAACAACUACUGGAGGGUCAACAACAACUGGUGCAUCCACAACAACUGGUGCAUCAACUACAACUGGUGGUUCCACAACAACUGGAGUUUCAACAACAACUGGUGGAUCAACAACAACUGGAGGAUCCACAACAACUGGUGCAUCAACCACAACUGGUGGAUCCACAACAACUGGAGUUUCAACAACAACUGGUGCAUCAACAACUACCGGAGUUUCAACAACAACUGGUGGAUCCACAACAACUGGUGCAUCAACAACUACUGGAGGGUCAACAACAACUGGUGCAUCCACAACAACUGGUGCAUCAACCACCACUGGAGGUUCAACAACAACUGGUGCAUCAACUACAACUGGAGUUUCAACAACAACUGGUGCAUCAACAACUACCGGAGUUUCAACAACAACUGGUGGAUCCACAACAACUGGUGCAUCAACAACUACUGGAGGGUCAACAACAACUGGUGCAUCCACAACAACUGGUGCAUCAACCACGACUGGUGGAUCAACUACAACUGGAGUUUCAACAACAACUGGUGGAUCAACAACAACUGGAGGAUCCACAACAACUGGUGCAUCAACCACAACUGGUGGAUCCACAACAACUGGUGGAUCAACUACAACUGGAGGAUCAACUACAACUGGAGGUUCAACAACAACUGGUGCAUCCACAACAACUGGUGGCUCAACAACAACUGGGGGGUCCACAACAACUGGAGGUUCAACAACAACUGGUGGAUCAACUACAACUGGUGCAUCAACCACGACUGGUGGAUCAACUACAACUGGAGCUUCAACAACAACUGGUGGAUCCACAACAACUGGUGGAUCAACAACAACUGGAGGAUCAACAACCACUGGUGGAUCAACAACAACUGGAGGAUCCACAACAACUGGUGCAUCAACUACAACUGGUGGAUCCACAACAACUGGUGCAUCAACCACCACUGGAGGUUCAACAACAACUGGUGCAUCAACUACAACUGGAGUUUCAACAACAACUGGUGCAUCAACAACUACCGGAGUUUCAACAACAACUGGUGGAUCCACAACAACUGGUGCAUCAACAACUACUGGAGGGUCAACAACAACUGGUGCAUCCACAACAACUGGUGCAUCAACUACAACUGGUGGUUCCACAACAACGGGUGGAUCAACUACAACUGGAGUUUCAACAACAACUGGCGCAUCCACAACAACUGGUGCAUCAACAACAACUGGGGGGUCCACAACAACUGGAGGUUCAACAACAACUGGUGGAUCAACUACAACUGGAGUUUCAACAACAACUGGUGGAUCAACAACAACUGGAGGAUCCACAACAACUGGUGGAACAACUACAACUGGUGGAUCAACUACAACAGGUGCAUCAACAACAACUGGUGCAUCAACUACAACUGGUGGAUCCACAACAACUGGUGGAACAACUACAACUGGAGGUUCAACAACAACUGGUGCAUCCACAACAACUGGUGGCUCAACAACAACUGGAGGUUCAACAACAACUGGUGGAUCAAGUACAACUGGAGGUUCAACAACCACUGGUGGAUCAACAACAACUGGAGGAUCAACUACGACUGGAGGUUCAACUACAACUGGUGGAUCAACAACAACUGGAGGUUCAACAACAACUGGUGGCUCAACAACAACAGGCGGAUCCACAACGACUGGUGGAUCAACAACAACUACUACUAAUAUACCUGUUACAACUGAAGCUCCCCAACCAGUUGUGGUUCUUGCAGCAACCUUGGCAGAACCAUUUGUAGAAGAACUCAAUGAUCGAAACAGCCCUCAAUUUCAGGCUCUUGAGACAAGAGUUGUAACAGUUUUUGAUAUCAUCUACAGCAAUCAAUUUGGCCCUGUUUUCAUCCGCACUUUCAUCAUUCAGUUUAGACCAGCUGUAGCCAGAACACGAAUGGAAAAUACUGAAGCAGAGGUGGGGCUUGAGUUCAACCGAACUAAUACAACUGCAGGAAUCCCACAGGCUGCUGAUGUUGCAGACACAUUAGUACAAGCUGUGAAUAACCCCAACAGCACCUUUAAUCUCAGUGUUGAAGCCAACUCCAUCCAAGUAGUGG